AUGAGAUUUUUCAAAAGAUUUUUGUUAACCUUAACGGUUUUCAUUUACACUUUACGCUACUUGCAUUGUAAUGCAGAUUAUGCAUUGGACGAAUCAAAUUGUACUUGUCUGCGAAAUUUCUGCCAGUACUCAAAUGCUAACUAUUGGAAUGAUUAUUUAAUUGAACAUAAUGAAUAUUAUAAAACCGUGAUUAACCCAGUUGCCACAGAAAAUUAUAAUCUUUAUAUUAAACCUUACUGUUUAAUUGCUAGAGAAAAGUCUAAUUUAUACUACAAGUUAUAUUUGGAAGAACAUGUAAACAAUACCUUAAACAAUAAAUAUGUCGCCAGGGUAGCAGAAGAAUUUUUGGUUUUCAAAGAAUCACAUUGUCAUUAUUGGAAAAACCAUUCUGUUAAGUACCACGAUUGGAUAAAAUUAUUGCAUGAGAAAACUGAAAAUUAUAUUAAAAAUAUUAAGGUAAAAUUCAACUCUUUACAUGACAACUUGAAGGGUCAAUUUGAUGAAAUGAAGCAAGAUAUUCAUAAAAAUGUCAAAACUUUAACUAGCACCCUAUACACUUCUACAAGCACGGAAGAAACAUUAGUUCCAUCACCUGCAAGUCAUUCUAUCGAUACUAAAGUAGAAGAAGUUUCUGGAUCUCAUUUAAUAGAUAACAAAAAAACAGAUAACACAGCUGAUGAAAUUCAAACUACUCCCGAGCUAUCCGAAUGGGAGUUAGCACAAGACGAGUUUAAUGCUUGGUUUAAAUUAGUGGACACCAAAUCCUCUAAAGCUUGCAAAUUCUUGGAUCAAGAAGUUGAAGAUUAUUUAAACGAGAAAAUUGAACCUUGGGAACUCGAAUUGAAUGAAAAAAUAAACCAUUUCAGAAAGGAGAUUCACUUGCAAUUCAAUAAAUUAGUUAAAAAUAUUGAAGAUAUUGAUUGUACUUCAGAGGUGGAUGGAGAAACAGGCGAAGUUAUUUAUUUUGCCAAAAAUGGCGAAACGCAAUUAUCCCAAUAUAUCACUAGACCAUUUAUUUCAUCCUUGUUCAAAGAAAUUGAGUCCAAAUUUCAAGCAUUAGAAAAUAACAUUAGCACCAAUUUAACUAAUACAAUCGAUGAGCUUGACAAAAACAUUCAAGAAAUUCACGAACAUCAUGUAGAAUUAUAUGAAGAAUGGGGUGAUAUUAUGAUUAGUGAAUGGUCUAAAAGAAUGGCAUACAUCGAAGUAGUAGCAGCCCAUUAUGAUUCCGAAUCUGAUGAAGACUCAUCUCAAGAGUAUUGGAGAAACUUCUUGAAACUAAAAAAGAAAGUUAUUAGUAUUAGAGAUAACUUGGUAGAGCAUCAUAUUAAAGUCACUCCAUUGAACCAAUUCUUGGCAAAUGUUCAAAAUGAAUUGAAUAACAUUACUAAGGAGUCUAACGAAUAUCUUUUGGUUUUAAGAGCCAAAGCUAACUUAUUGUUUGAUGAACGUGAGAAACGUGAAGAAGAAGAACAUAACCAAAAGAUAAUUUUGCAGAGAAUGGAGAAUGAACGUAUUCAAAGUGAGCAAGAGGAGCGUAUCAAGAGCUUACAAAAGGAAGAGGAAGAAGCUGAAAAGUUGUUAGAAAAGGAGAUACAAGAAAAAGCUAGAAAGCAGGAAGAAGCUAGAAAGCAGGAAGAAGCUAGAAAGCAGGAAGAAGCCAGAAAGCAGGAAGAAGCCAGAAAGCAGGAAGAAGCCAGAAAGCAGGAAGAAGUUAGAAAACAAGAAGAAGCUAGAAAACAAAUGGGCUCACCACCACCGCCACAACAGCAACAAUAA